AUGGAAACCUCCACUUUUGUCAAACAACUGGCGUCCAAUAACAGGAUUGUAAGAGAGGAAGCACUGGAGUCUCUCAAAAAAUAUUUGACUACCAGACAGUUCAAAGACAGCAAACAGCUGCAAUUUGACAAACUAUGGAAAGGCCUAUACUAUGCAAUGUGGUUCAGCGAUAGGCCCAGGCCGCAGCAAAGAUUGGCCUCUGCGCUUGCUGAAUUACACGAGCUUUACUUCGACGCCAGAGAUAAUCAACAGCGGACAACACCGGAGACCGAUGACGAGGAUGAGGAUGCCGUAACUCGUUUGACAUUAAACGAUAAAGCCUUCCUUAAAUUUAGUAAGGCAUUUUGGCGUGUAAUGUGUCUGGAAUGGUACAGUAUCGACCAUCACCGUCUCGACAAGUACCUGAUGCUGGUCAGGCGGGUGCUGGCAAGUCAGCUGCGAUACCUGCAGCUCAGAGAAUGGGCCCCAGCCGUGGUCUCAAACUACAUUCGUGCUGUGCUUCGUAAAGUGCCUUUGAGUGGUGACAAGAAGAUCUACAAUGGCGUUCCUUUCCACAUCAUCGACAUUUUGGGCGACGAGUGGGAAAAGUUGAUUUUCGGGGGUGAGGAUGAGGAAAACGAAGACGAAACUGAAGGCGCAGACGCAGAUGCUACAGCAAACUCUCAACGCGCACAAAUCGCAGAAACACCGCUAGUUUUGUUCAUCGACAUCUUUAGAGAUCUGUCAUCUGAUACGAACAACGUCAAAACUUUACGUGAUAAGAUCAAAGAAGACAUCUUCAAGGAUGACAGAUUCCGCAGAUGGGGUGUUCUUGACACCGAAGAUGCGGACAAUGUUGAAGAGGAAGAAUGGACCGGUUUUUGA